AAGAAAUUACUGUUGCUGUUAUAAACGUUUCAACACAAACUUCAUAUUGAAGUAAAUUCAUUUUUGACGUGAACAGAGUGGGAACUGCGAUUUGCGAGAAGUAAUCAAGACACGAAUAAAGUAAGGAGUAACGGCGUGGCGCGCCUUUGACAUAAGUAAUAUUGUAUGAUGGAAAGGUUAAAAAGAAGUAGUUCUAUAUUUGUAAUAAUAACUUUAUUGAUUCAAACAAAUGGCUUUUACGUCCCGGGUGUUGCUCCUGUGGAGUUUAAAAAGGGGCAGAAGAUCGAUGUUAAGGCAGUUAAAAUGACCAGUACUCAUACACAGUUACCAUAUGAAUAUUAUUCUAUUCCCUUUUGUAUACCAAAAAAUGGAACUUUGAUUUAUAAAUCUGAAAACUUAGGAGAAGUAUUGCGCGGUGAUAGAAUUGUGAAUACACCAUACGAAGUCCUAAUGGCAGAAAAUAAAAGCUGUAGAUUAUUAUGUCAUGGACCAUCUAAUCUUAUGACGUGGAAUGAAGAAGAUUCACAACGUGUUAUAGAACGCAUUCAACAUGAUUAUACUGUACACUUAUUAAUCGAUAAUUUACCAGCAGCAACAAAAAAAAUCCACAAAGAUACGAAUAAUGUGAUUGUAUACCAUGGAUAUCGUUUGGGCGGUAUUAUGAAUGACCAAUAUUAUAUCAACAAUUAUCUUAAGUUAAAACUGAGCUAUCAUAAAUAUGGAGAAAAUGAAUUUAGAGUAGUCGGAUUCGAAGUAGAAGCUCGAUCAGUUGAUGUAAGUCAACUGAAAUUCGAUGGAACUACUUGCAUAUUGCCUACACAUGCAAAUCCUCAAUUUGUUAAUCCAAAAGGAACGAAGCUUUUGUUCUUAUAUUCUGUGGAAUGGACACAGUCUGAUGUAAGUUGGGCAAGCAGAUGGGACAUAUAUCUAGGAAUGAGCGAUGUUGAAAUUCAUUGGUUUUCAAUCAUCAAUUCUCUUAUCGUAGUGCUUUUUCUUUCUGGGAUUCUAACAAUGAUCAUGGUUCGAACUUUAAGAAGGGAUAUUGCACGCUAUAAUGCUGGUGAAAAUGAUAGUUUAGCAGGCCUAGAUGAAACUAUCGAAGAAACUGGUUGGAAAUUAGUUCAUGGAGAUGUAUUUCGUCCUCCGCCACAUCCUCGAUUAUUUGCUGCUGUAAUAGGCAGUGGAAUUCAAAUAUUUUUCAUGGCUUUAAUAACAAUCUUCUUCGCUAUGCUGGGUAUGCUCUCUCCUGCUAGUAGAGGUGCACUUGGAACUUGUGCGAUAUUUUUGUACGUAUUUUCCGGUUUAAUUGCUGGAUAUUUUUCUGCGCGUCUUUAUAAAACAAUGAGAGGACGAAAAUGGAGAAGAACAGCAUUAUUGACAGCAAUGCUUUAUCCAGGAAUAGUAUUUACCACUUGUUUCUUUUUAAAUUUCUUUAUAUGGGGAAAGCAUAGUUCUGGCGCAGUACCAUUUACAACAAUGUUAGCAUUGUUGUGUUUAUGGUUUGGAAUAUCACUUCCUCUUGUAUAUCUUGGAUAUUUCUUUGGAUAUCGUAAACAGCCCUUUACACAUCCUGUUAGAACGAAUCAAAUUCCCAGACAAGUUCCAGAUCAAUUAUGGUACAUGAAUCCUGUAUUAUGUACACUCAUGGCUGGAAUUCUUCCUUUUGGCGCCGUUUUUAUAGAAUUAUUUUUCAUUUUAACUGCGUUAUGGGAAAAUCAAUUUUACUAUCUCUUUGGAUUUUUGUUCCUUGUCUUCUGUAUUCUUGUCAUCUCCUGUUCUCAGCUAUCCAUAGUUAUGGUCUAUUUUCAAUUAUGUGGAGAAGAUUAUCGAUGGUGGUGGAGAAGCUUUAUUGUUAGUGGAGGAUCAGCAGUAUACGUCCUAGCCUAUUCAAUCUUUUACUUUAUGACAAAAUUAGAAAUCACAGAACUGGUCCCGACACUUUUAUAUUUUGGUUAUACAUUACUAAUGGUGCUCACGUUUUGGUUGUUAACAGGUACAAUAGGAUUUUUCGCGGCAUACGCGUUCAUUCGAAAAAUAUAUGCUGCUGUGAAAAUAGACUAGUCAAAAUGAUCAUUGACUCCGUCAAUGAUAAAAAAUAAAAGGAAAUAACAUUUUUUCAAAGCUAAAAAAAAUAUUUAAUUAUUUUAAAUUAAAUAUAUAAAACCAAAAAGAAAU